CUGCGCAUGCGCGUGGCUUGUUACUUUGUUAAAGACAUGCUCAAAGGCGACGCCGUUUAUGAAAUUCGACUGGAGCUUAAAGAGAUUAUGAGGGAGGAGUUCCAAGACGACGACGAUGCCUAA